GAAAUAACCUCAAAUUUCAAAAACCUAAAACAAACUUUAAAUAUUGAUACAUACGUUUUACAAUUUUAAACACAAAAAUAUUUAUUUUCUAUUUGUAUUAACUAUUACAUGCAAUUAUGGAGUCCAACCUCAUACAAAAUAGUAACUAUUUCUCUAGUUACGAGGAUUUAGAGAUACACAAAUUAAUGUUAGAAGAUCAUCAAAGAACACUAUCAUACCGAAAAGCAAUAUUGGAAAAUAAAGAAUAUUUUAAAGAUAAAGUUGUCAUGGAUGUGGGGUGCGGUACAGGAAUAUUAUCUAUAUUUUGUGCUCAGGCUGGUGCUAAGAAAGUGUUUGCGGUUGAAGCUAGUAAUAUAGCUGGAUUAGCUAAAGAAGUUGUUAAAGAGAACAACUUUGAAAAUGUUAUAGAAGUAAUUCACAGUAAAGUUGAAGAUGUUGUUCUACCAGAUAAUAUAAAAGUUGAUGCUAUAGUAUCUGAAUGGAUGGGUUUCUAUCUACUCCAUGAAGGCAUGUUAGACUCUGUGCUGCUUGCCAGAGACAAGUUCCUGAAGGAAGGCGGCGAGAUGUUUCCAGAGAGUGCAGUUAUUUAUGUAGCUCCAUGUAGUGUGUCAUCAUUAUAUGAAAAAUGGGAAAAUUUCCAUGGAGUGUCAUUAUCAUCAUUUGCAAAACACCUAAGAUCAGAUAAAAGUGAAAAACCUGAGAUUAUGCAGAUUAAACCUGAAAAUUUAUUAGGGGAAGAAAUAGCCUUAAAUUGGAUUAAUUUAAGGGAAGAUACUGUACAAGACUUGGACUCUUACAGUGUCCAACAUGUUGUAGGUGCUAAGAAGAAUGGUCGCUAUCAUGGGAUUUGUGUGUGGUUUGAAUGCAACUUUCCAGAACUAACAGGUGAAAAUAGAAUAGUGCUCAACACAGGACCAUUCCACGAACCAACACAUUGGAAACAAACUGUUAUUCUGUUACCUGACGAACAGACAGUGGAAGAAAAAGAACCAAUUGCAUUUAAGUUGGAUAUGAAAAGAGAUGAAGUGAACUCAAGAAGGUAUAAUCUACAACUAACUCUACUCGACCCAGAAGACAUAGAACAUCCCAUGCCCUGUUCCUGCCACAUGACCAAGUGUAUCCUAAUUAAUGCUGUGAUGGAACAGCAAACACAACAUGCGUUUAAACAAGGAAAUGUAGAAACACCUAAUGUGUUGGAAGAAGAAGAAAUUGAUGAUGAUGAUGAUUAAUUAAAAAAAUUGUUUAGUUA